AUGAAAAAAACGUCGGCAGCGGAGCGGGAGGGCGCCGGUGGGAGGGAGACUGCCCACUGGAAGAGCGGCUUUGGGAGGGUGACUGCUGACGGGAAGAGAGCCCUGGCCAGGGAGUUUGCCAACAGGGAGAGAGCCCUUGGUAGGGAGUUUGCCGACGGGAAGAGAGCCCUUGGUAGGAAGUUUGCCGACGGGGAGAGAGCCUUUGGUAGGGAGUUUGCCAAUGGGAAGAGAGCCUUUGGUAGGGAGUUUGCCGACGGGAAGAGAGCCCUUGGUAGGGAGUUUUCCGACGGGGAGAGAAGCCUCGCGAGGGAGUCUGCCGACAGGAAGAGAGCCGUAGGGAGCCAUUACAGUUUUCAAAGGGGAAGAUGA